CGUCAACGAACACGGCACAAUAUGGUAAAUGGCCCGUGGGUCCGCCUAUGGGAGCAUGGCCUACGGAGGGUCCAUAUCCUAUGUUACCCCAGAAUCAGAAUUUGGGAGGAGACCAAAACACGGAACAGUUCCAACCAACCAGGAUCGAGUCGCCAGGGAGGUCAAAACCAGAACAGGUCCCAAGGACAAGGACAAGGACAAGGAUGUGGAAGAGGUAGGAAUGCUGAUAGGAAUCAGGGACCAGGGAAACGAGGAGCAGAAAAUAGAGGAAGUGGGUAUCAAGGUGGAAACUUGGGGCAGCUCCAAGGAGGUGCGAAUCUGGAAGGGCAAGAAUACCAGCAGGGGUAUGGUCGUGGUUAUGACCAAGGCUAUGGAAGGGGGUUUGGUAGAGGAAAUGGGUCAUGGAAUGGAUAGGGUUUUGGCAGAGGAUGGAUAGACUACAGCGAAUGCAUUUGUACCCACUGUGGAAUCAAAGGACAUACAGUAAAGCGAUGCCACAUCA